GCCGAGGCUAGGAGGAGCCGCGCCGCGCCCGGCGCCCCACUCCGCGCAGCGGGUUGCCUCCGCUCCCCAUACGGCGGCCCCAGGUCCUUUGCUGCCAGCAUGAUGUCGUAUUUAUAAUAUGUGGAGGAGAGAGAGCUCACCAUGCUCAGAAUCUGAUGACCUCCGAAGGGACCCUGCACUCAGCCAUCAAAGUGUUCCUGCCCCUCUGGACGCUCAUAAUUCAAUGGUAGAUGCAGGUGGAGUUGAGAACAUCACCCAGCUUCCCCAGGAGCUUCCUCAGAUGAUGGCUGCAGCAGCCGAUGGUUUGGGGAGUAUAGCGAUAGACACGACCCAGCUCAACAUGUCCGUGACAGAUCCCACAGCCUGGGCUACAGCCAUGAAUAACCUGGGCAUGGUUCCCGUAGGGUUGCCUGGACAGCAGCUCGUGUCUGACUCAAUCUGUGUCCCAGGCUUUGAUCCAAGCCUCAACAUGAUGACUGGAAUCACCCCCAUUAACCCAAUGAUACCAGGCCUUGGACUGGUACCUCCCCCACCACCAACAGAAGUGGCUGUUGUCAAAGAAAUAAUCCACUGCAAAAGCUGUACUCUUUUUCCUCAAAAUCCAAAUCUUCCACCUCCUUCCACAAGAGAACGACCUCCUGGGUGUAAGACCGUGUUUGUCGGAGGAUUACCAGAAAAUGCUACUGAGGAAAUUAUUCAAGAAGUCUUUGAACAGUGCGGUGAUAUUACAGCAAUUCGGAAAAGCAAGAAGAAUUUUUGUCACAUUCGCUUUGCAGAGGAAUUCAUGGUUGAUAAAGCCAUUUACCUUUCUGGUUAUAGGAUGCGAUUAGGGUCUAGCACCGACAAAAAGGAUUCAGGCCGCCUUCAUGUGGACUUUGCCCAGGCCAGGGAUGACUUCUAUGAGUGGGAAUGCAAGCAGAGGAUGCGUGCCCGGGAGGAGCGGCACCGGCGCAAGCUGGAGGAGGACCGGCUCAGGCCCCCAUCCCCGCCUGCCAUAAUGCACUACUCGGAGCACGAAGCCGCUCUGCUGGCUGAAAAGCUGAAAGAUGAUAGCAAGUUUUCAGAGGCUAUCACAGUGCUGCUUUCCUGGAUUGAACGAGGGGAAGUGAAUCGGCGCUCUGCAAACCAGUUCUAUUCCAUGGUGCAGUCGGCCAACAGCCACGUCCGCCGGCUAAUGAAUGAAAAAGCCACCCAUGAGCAAGAGAUGGAGGAAGCCAAGGAGAAUUUUAAAAAUGCCUUAACUGGGAUUCUCACUCAAUUUGAGCAGAUUGUGGCCGUUUUCAACGCUUCUACCAGACAAAAAGCUUGGGACCAUUUCUCGAAAGCCCAGCGCAAGAACAUAGACAUUUGGCGAAAGCAUUCUGAGGAGCUCCGGAAUGCUCAAAGUGAGCAGCUCAUGGGCAUCCGCCGCGAAGAAGAAAUGGAAAUGUCUGAUGAUGAGAACUGUGACAGCCCUACAAAGAAAAUGAGAGUCGAUGAAUCAGCCCUGGCUGCCCAGGCCUACGCUCUGAAAGAGGAGAAUGACAGUCUCCGCUGGCAGCUGGAUGCCUACAGGAAUGAGGUGGAGCUGCUGAAACAAGAAAAAGAACAGCUUUUCCGAACGGAAGAAAACCUCACCAAGGACCAGCAACUGCAGUUCCUGCAGCAAACCAUGCAAGGCAUGCAGCAGCAAUUGCUAACCAUCCAGGAGGAGUUAAACAACAAAAAGUCAGAAUUGGAACAAGCAAAGGAAGAGCAGUCCCAUACACAAGCAUUACUAAAAGUCCUGCAGGAACAAUUAAAAGGUACCAAGGAAUUGGUCGAGACCAAUGGCCACAGCCAUGAGGAUUCAAAUGAAAUCAAUGUGUUGACAGUUGCAUUAGUCAACCAAGACCGAGAGAACAAUAUUGAGAAAAGAAGCCAAGGCUUAAAAUCAGAGAAAGAAGCUCUGCUAAUAGGUAUCAUAUCAACGUUUCUUCACGUCCAUCCUUUUGGAGCCAACAUAGAAUAUCUUUGGUCAUACAUGCAGCAGCUGGACUCCAAGAUAUCUGCAAAUGAAAUAGAAAUGCUUUUGAUGAGGCUGCCACGCAUGUUCAAACAGGAAUUCACGGGUGUGGGAGCCACUCUGGAAAAAAGAUGGAAGUUGUGUGCCUUUGAAGGAAUUAAAACUACCUAACUGCGAAGAGCAAAGCAUCUCUGGAAAUGAAACCAUGUGAACCUGGCCAGGGCUGUGCGACGGGGGAGCAGGAGGUAUGGGGUUGGUCCAGCACGCAACCUUUGUGGAGCCAUCGAAGCCUGCCUUUAGUUAUAUCUGUGGCGUUCUCUUGUGAGUGGAAAUGUAAUUGUGUACCAGUUCUUAAAAUAAACAAAGCUUCAUACUGUGACAGAUCUGUUUCCUAUGAAAACCAAACAAUGAUUCCACAGUCAUAAUGAUGGCAAAAUGUUAAAAUGUGCUACAUUUGAGAAUAGCUCACCAAGCAAAAUAUUUAAAGUUAAUGAUGGUGUAGCAAUGAUUGUUGCUAGGCUACAGAGUUGUAUAUGUAAUGUAUAGCUGAAAUCAUUAAAUGACAUUUUCCUGAAAGUCUUUCUGUUUUAGUUAAAAAAAAAAAAAAGAAAAAGAAAAAGAAAAAAUUUUACAGUGAGGGAAAAGCAUACCAAAAGAAAACUUGAAUAUGUGUCUAAACAGUUACUGUAUUUUGUAAAUUAAGUUAUAUGCUGUUCCAGGGACUUUUGCCUUAUUGAAGAGGCAGAAAAUAUGAUAGGACACAUUGAGAAUGCUUUAUCAAGAAUAUUAUUUUUCUAAUGUAACAAUUCUCCAUCAUAAGUUCUUUUAACAUGGACUGCAUAACAGUUUUCAUAAAGUGUAAAUAAAGGAAAAACUAGUGUUAUUGUCUUGUACUUGGUAUGUAACAUUCAGGUUUAUGCAUCAAAAUAAACAUUCAGUAAAUAUUCCUGUUACAAA